GUGGGGUGGACGAGGCGAGGAUCUAGAGAGACAUCUCGGUAGCCCUCUCAGCACGACAUUCUUCCAGCUCCAGGACGAUAAUUAAACCUCACUCGAAAGAAUGGCGUCGCAACUACUGCCCCUCGAGCUCAUCGACAAGUGCGUCGGCUCCCGGAUAUGGGUCGUCAUGAAGGGCGACAAGGAGUUCAGCGGCACCCUGCUCGGCUUCGACGACUAUGUCAACAUGGUUCUCGAGGACGUCACAGAGUUUGACUACUCGGGCAACCACACCAAGUUGUCCAAGAUUUUGCUCAAUGGAAACAACAUAUGCAUGCUGAUUCCCGGCGGCGAGGGUCCCGUGGGGGUGUGAGCAUGGCAAUACGGAUGGAUGGACACUUCGUUGGAAAGAUCCAAGGCGAUGAGUUAUGUAAAGUGAUCAAGGGCGUCGGCGCUACCUGGAUGGUCGUGACUGAGUUUAUCAUUGUCCCGCGAGGUUUUCUGGAUCCUGUACUCCUCGACAAAGAGCACCUCAUAUCUAGGACAGUCCGGAAUGAAAUGUCCGGACAUACUCUAGCAGCAAACAGCUCAUCCUUCUAGCCACACACUCUCGAACACUGAUAACUCGUGGCCGCCAAGAUAGUUUCAUGAGAAGUGCCAAAUCUGAAAAAUGAACAAUAAUUU